ACUACAAGGUGAAGCAAGCAAUGGCUGAGCGUUCAGAAACCUCCUGAAGAAUAAAACCAGAGUAUAAAUGCAAAUGCCACUUCCACACAGUACCAGAUUCCUCGCAUCUUGGAACAAAUGGACCCAAAUCAACAAUGCUGCUAGUUCUCAUCUUAGAUUCAUCACCCAUCUCACUUAUCCUCACCACCAUCAUCUUCAUCUUUCUCUUUCGUUUCGCGCUCUUCUUCUUCUACCUCGCCCUUCUCUUUCUCCUCUGCUCAGACCUCGUUCACCUCACUUUCCACCUUCUCGGAUUUUCAUGACCACCACACAGGCCGCCUCCGAAUCCCCCCAAUCCUCCACCAAAACGGUGAGGCUUGUGAUAAAGGGGAGGGUUCAGGGUGUGUUUUACAGGAACUGGACUAUAGAGAAUGCAACCCAAUUGGGGUUGAAGGGUUGGGUGAGGAACAGGAGAGAUGGGUCUGUGGAGACUCUGCUAUCUGGGAAUUCCGAUGCGGUCCAGGAAAUGGAGCAGAGGUGUCGACGAGGUCCUCCAUCUGCAAUGGUCACUGGGCUUGAGGUUUAUCCCAGCACUGAUGACCCUGGUUCUGGAUUUGAGCGCAAACAAACGGUUUGAUCCGUCUUUUCAGAUUCAGCAUCCAUUUCGUAUGUAUAGACUUAUACGGUAUAUAGAUUGCGCUUCUAAGGUUCUGAAAGAAUUGAGAUCAAUCACGAAUUAUGUGGUGUUGUUGUUCAAAUAAUACACCACUGGACGACUUCUUAUCAUUGCAUAUAUAUAGACUUAUUGGGUAUAUAGAUUGUGCUUCUAAGGUUUUGAACUUUAAUAAGAAUUGAGAUCAAUCACGAAUUAUGUGGUGGUGUUGUUUAAAUAAUACACCACUGGAGGACUUCCUAUCA